ACGCGAAUGUCAAUACCGAGUAACCGUGAAUGUCAACAUUACACCUGUACAUUUUAUUUAUAAAUAUCCGUGUACAAAGCGUAGUUUUAGUGCGUUUAACGAAAAAUGACGGAUUCGACCCCAUCCUUAAGCCAAUACUUCGGCGAGAAAACCGACGAUAAAAUCAAAACGAUUGAUUUCUCUCAAGAACUGAGCGAAGCUUCCACUAAAAUAAACGACCUAAAACUAGAUGACAAUCUCACAAGUGCUAACAAAAACGAGCCCGAAGUGUGUAGGAUAUUCGCAGAAACACCACCACAGGCCAAAGAUCAAACCACGUCGUUCUUUGAUUUGAUCGGAAACAACCACACCGGGAAUUCCACUGGGUUAAUAUCGGAACUGGAGAUAACAUCAAACAAUGAUGACGGAUACUGCCCAAGGGUGGCUCUGGGGUCGGAGGCCGACCGCAGAAGGGACGCUUGGAUACCCAGCGAGAGAACGAGGCAGUGCUUGAUAGCGUGUUCGACGGCGCCCCCGGGAACGUAUUUUCCGGACAGGGAGCUCCUGACGAUGCCGGGGGUGCUGCUAGAGGAGGAUCUGGGUGACAAUAUUGGGGAGGCUGUCACCUUGUGUCUUGGCGAAGCUGAAGCCGCGCAGAGAAGCGUCUUGACCGAAAGUGACGUCACGCAGGACGAAAGGGGCCUGCGAGAACUGGUCCAGGCCGGUUCUUACAGGUCUGCUAUUAAUUUAACGGCGCGACUCCUAACCAUCUACGGACAAGGUAGAGGUCGUUCUGGUCACGCUAGCAAACAUUCUCCACAUUCGUUACAACUUUGGUUCACUCGCAUUGCCCUCCUAGUAAAAACUAAAGCCUUUGGAGUUGCUCAAUCAGAGGCUGCCCCUUUUGGACAGCUCGACAAGCCCGAUGUUUUUUAUCAAUUUUAUCCUGAAAUGUAUGGGGGACGUCCUGGUUCUAUAGCUUCGUUUUCUUUUCGGCUGCUUUUAAGCGAACUACCAAUGCACUGUGGCAAACCCAAGGACUCCCUGACUAGGUUAUAUAGCAUGAAAUCAACGAUCAAACAGAUGCUGGAUAAUUUAAGACAAGGCUUGUGUGAAGAUGGCAGCCCCAUGGAAAUCGGCGAAUCCGACCGAGCGGACUCGAUACGUCUGUGGGUCGGUCGGGAAACUCGGGUCCUACAUUCAAUAGUUAAUUGUGCUUUAGCCCUUAAAGAUUAUGAGCUGGCUAUGGUUAUAAUGGAGGAGCUGUGCCACAGGGAUGGAACAUCUCGUCACAUGUUGUACUCGGCUUUGGGGCGGCUGCGCUUGCAAGUCGGUGACGUGGCAGGAGCUGAGACGUGUUUCGAUGAAGCGAGAGCCUUGAGAGGCAACGUGAUGGACUUGAGGGAAUACGUGGACCGUGGGCUACUUGCCGUAGCCCAGAACGCCUUCGACGAGGCGUAUAUCUACUUCCAACAAGCGAGUCAAUUAGAGCCCAACAAUGUUAUGAUUUUGAACAACAUGGGCGUUUGUCUUCUAUACGGCGGCCGCCUGAAGGAAGCCAUUAAAGUUCUCGAAACUGCCAUUGAGACGAAUCCGGUUCAUGCCCUGCACGAGUCCCUGCUUUUGAAUUUGUGCACUUUGUACGACAUGGAGUCGUCUAAAGGGCGAAUGAAGAAAUUCGCCCUUUUGAGGCAAAUAUCUAGGUAUCAAGCGGACGCUCCGACCACGAUUUUGGAAAAGCUUUAUGGGUAACCUGGGUUUCGUUAUCUGUGAUUUUGUUGACUUAGUUAAUUCGUAUGAAUUGAAAACAUUUCUGGUGCAUUUAUUUCAGUUAGAGUUGUAAUUGCGAGGCAUCAAUGUCGAAAUUAAAGUUUCCAUCCAGUACUUGAGGCCUAGAAACGCAAUUCGAGAUUUACGUAUGAAAAUGGCCAAAGAUUCAUGUUCACUCAUCACAUUCACACACAUCACGAACACAACAAUGACAUAAGUGCCUUAAGAAAGUGGGCAUUUUUCAUUAGUCAUCAAGUGCACGAGUGGUUUGAACUUUGCUUGUCAAUUCUUCAACUUUCAGUAUUAAUUGUUGCCAUCAAAAAUCAUUAAAUAGUGUAACUACUUAAUGAAUUUUGUAGCUUAGUGGGAUUGGAUGUGCAGGCACAAUAAUGUAGAGGUUAGAGCGUUUUUGUAGUACGUUGUGAUUCAGAUUUACACAAAGUCGAGUGUGCAUAUGCCAAACUAACACUAAGGAGUAGUUGUAAACCCCAUAUUUUUCAGACGUUCAUUUGAUAAAGCAAGAUAAAGUGUGCUGGUAGCUGUAUAAAUUCAAAGCAAUGUUUUCAGUAGAUUGUUUUUGACGAUUAUUUAUUAACAAGUGCAGACUUGUCACUAUUUAUUACACUAAUUUAAUAAAUGUCUACACAAUC